CUUCCGUAGGACAUAUCAGAGCUUACACGACGUUCCGGAUGCAAUCGCUUCCGAAAUAUCUAUUCAUGCCCUUCGGCUGCUUCGUGAUGAGCUGGUACAAUUCAUCUCCCGUAUUGUCCAACAUGUUAUCGUCUCGCGUGAACAAGAGAUGAAAGCCAAGAUGCACACCAAGGUGUGGCGACUGGCCGGGAAUCAGGUAUGCAAUCUCGAUACCACCCACAGUACCGCUCCGCUUAUCCUGCUGUAGGUUGUAACAGCUGCCAGUGUCUCCCAUGCCGUGUCGCUUCUCGGUCUCAAGCGCCACGACAAGAAAGCUCAUUUUCAGAGUCUUCUACCUCGUCUGGAUUUAACUGAAGAGGACUUUGUCGACAGCGAAGAUGACGGCCCUAACGUGGAGCCCGUCCAACGGACGAAGAACAAGCAGAAGGCUAAAGCAGGCCCCUCGCGCGACGACAUCGAGUCUGAAGGCGAAGCUACCUCUGCAACGCUUCCGCCUCUGCUGCAGGACGCACCAAUACAUCGCAUCGUCUUCCCGCCUUUCGUGCGCCUGCCGGGCACCUCCACACAGCUGUCGGACUCGAUGCUGCCAUACAUCCCUUGGGCGCACGGCCUGAACGCAGACGAGCCUGAAGACGUCCCGGAUGUCGACGAGGAGGCCGAAGACGCGGCAGAGGCACACGAGCUGCUCCAAGAGGAGGAACUCGACAAGCGUGAUCGUGCUGCGGCGAAGCUUUACGAGGACAGGCUGUUCGAGGAGCUCGGCGUGCACCAGGAAAAGAGGACCUUCACGGACGCGUUUGGAACGUGGGACGUGUCGCGCGUGGAGAAGACAGCGAGGCGUCUGUUGACUCCUGACGUGCCGGGGCCGAAGGUGGGGAGGAAGAGGAGGCGCACGAAGACGGCUGACGGGUCUGGUGCAGACAGGAAAAGGCAGAGAGUGAAGACGACGGAGUUCGUGCAGGAUAGCGAUGAUGAAGGAGAGGAUCUCGACAAAGAGGAUGGAGGGACGGAUGAGGAUGAGAAUGCAGGGAGUGGUACAAAGGAUGAGGGGGAGGAGGGGGAGGGGGAUGAAAAUGCAGGGGCUAGUGAAGGAGCAGAGGAAGGAGAAGAGGGUGAGGGGAGCGAACAGGAUGACGAGUAAGGUGGUCUCAUCGCGUCACUUGCAAGCGUCGACGUACGAUACUAUGAUUUAGUCCAGCUGCUUUCUUGGUGUACUGUACCCGUCC